AUGGAUCAGUUGUAUCUACCAACAGAUGUGAUUGUUGAUUCACAAAAUUAUUUGAUCAUCAUUGCUGAUUUGGGUAACAGACGAGUGAUUCAAUGGUUGAAUCAAAAUCAACAAAUUUUGAUUGACAAUAUUGACUGCAAUGGCUUGGCAAUGGAUAAAAAUGGAUUUCUUUAUGUUUCUGAUUGGGUUAGGCAUGAAGUGAGACGGUGGAAAAUGGGAGAAUACAAUGAAGGAAUUGUAGUGGCAGGUGGAAAUGGACAAGGAGAUCAACUCAAUCAAUUCAGUAUUCCUACUUUUAUCUUUGUUGAUGAAGAUCAAUCUGUUUAUGUAACAGAUGCAGGUAAUCAUCGUGUGAUGAAAUGGAUAAAAUAUGCAAAAGAAGGAAGAAUUGUGGCUGGAGAAAACGAUGAAGGAGAAAAUCUCAAUUAA